AUGGUGACCGUUAUCUUUCCCGCUAAAUCAAUUGCAAACGCGAAACAGCCCCCAAUUGACCAACCAUCAAAAACCCGAAGCCCGGCCGAUUCUCUUCUCUUUUACCAUCAAACUGUAAGCGAAGGACGCUUUCCCAAUAAACGCACACUUACCUCAGCCAUUAAAGCCUGCACAUUCGUCCUCGCGGUGAUAGAAGGCAAAGCCAUCCACGCCCAAAUCAUUAAAAAUGAAUCCAAUGCCGAUAGGUUCCUCGCUAGUGCUCUCGUUUCCUUUUACUCUGCUUGUGGUGAGUUGAACUCAGCUCGACAAGUGUUUGAUGAGAUCAGUGAGAAAGACACUACACUACGAACCACCAUGAUGGUGGCCUAUGUACAAAAUGGUGCUGCUGAUAUGGCUCGUUGUCUGUUCGAUGAAAUGCCCGAUAGAGAUGUUGCUUCAUGGAAUGCCAUGUUAAGUGGGUAUGCACAAAACGGAAUGCCUAGGGAUGCAAUCCAACUGUUUCGGGCUAUGCAAAUUAGCAACUGUAGGCCUAAUGAUAUCACACUAGUAAGUACCCUUUCUGCGUGUUCUCAAUUGGGCUGUCUGUCUCUGGGAGCAUGGAUUCAUGCCUAUAUCAUCAGAAGCGGUUACAUUAGCUUUACUUCGACUUUGACUAAUUCACUCAUCCAUAUGUAUGCAAAGUGUGGUCGAUUGGAUAUUGCUUAUGAUGUCUUUGCUGAGAAUGGGCCUAGGAAUUUAGAAACUUGGAAUACUAUGUUGACCAGUUUUGCUAUCCAUGGAUGUGGUGUGUGUGCUCUGUCUCUUUUCUGUCAGAUGAUGAAGAUGGGUUUAAUGCCUGAUAGGAUUACUUUUCUUGCAAUUUUGAUGGCUUGUAGUCAUUGUGGUAUGAUAGAUCACGCCUAUAAAUGUUUUGACUGCAUGUGCCGAGUUUAUGGUGUUGAACCUCAGGCUGAGUAUUAUGGUUGUUUGGUAGAUGUUCUUGCCCGUAGCGGCCUUUUAGUGGAGGCAAUGAUGGUCGUGGAAGAAAUGCCCUUUGAACCUGAUAUCAGUGUAUGGGGUGCUGUACUAGGUGGUUGCUUGACUCAUGGAAAUUACAAACUGGGCAUACGCGCUGCGAAUCACCUUCUGGAGCAAGAACCAUAUGAAGAGGCUCGUUACAUAGCCCUGUCCAAUCUUUAUGCCAUGGCUGGGAAACUUGAGGAAGCUGUCAAGGUGAGGAAGGUGAUGAGAGAUGCAGGGAUCAAGAAGAUCUCUGGAAGUAGUUCAAUUGAAGUUGAUGGUUGUAUUCAUGAUUUCUUAUCUGGGGAUAGAUCACAUUGUCGGUCAAUGGAGAUAUACUCCAUGGUUGAGAUAAUCGAUAGAUCACUUGAAUUGGAAAAUAGCAGAAGUCUUUUGAAUACAGAGGAUUAUAAAAUAUCAAGUAGAUAA